GUCGGCGGGGGGGGGUGUGUCGACACAGCAUGGCAGAGCUAGAGGACAAAGAACAACUGAGUGACUCUCAGCUGUGUGAGGAGCUGGCAAGGCUGGGUAGUCAGUCUGGUCCCAUCACUGACACAACACGGCUAGUAUACCAGCGACACUUGCGGAGGCUGUACUCUGGAGAGCACCCAGCAGCCAAAGAGCCCUUGUCUGGUGAGGCUGCCUGCAAUGUCAGUGGAGCCAGUGACUCAGGUAAGGAUGUAUUCAUCAGCUAUGGGCGAGGGACAGUGGUCGGUCUGGAGGAGCUCAAGAGUCACCUAGAGAGUGCUGGCUAUACUGUGUGGCUGGACUGCCUGGAUAUGAGUGGUGGGAGUGACUGGCAUACUGUCAUUGGUGAGGCAGUCAGGAACUGUCGUUGUCUAGUAGCCCUCAUCAGCACCAAGUACACUACCUCGAAGCACUGCAAGAAUGAACUGUUCAUGGCCAACUCACUGGGCAAAGCUCUAAUCCCUGUAGUGCUGGAGACAGUGGAGGACCCAGGAGUACAGUUUGCCAUUUCUUCUCUUAAUUGGAUACUAGCCACUGAUGGAUUUAGACCGAAGACAAUCGCUCAACAAUUAAUACAGGGACUGCAAACAUUAGGCAUUAGUCCUCGCCACAUCAUCUUUCCGUGAUUUCUUGUGUGCAGUACAACAUUUGUUAUGACAUUCAAUGAACUUUGUUUACAUGGUAAAA